AUGGUCUGCCUACGUGGUACAUUUGAAUUCAAUAUCAAUGAGUGUGAUGAUGAGAAAGAGAGGUGUAACAGGCUGUUCUACGAGGAGAUGUGUGACUUAGACCAUGAGCAAUGCAAGGAGGGUGAGGAACGCAAGCAGACUGAGGAAGACGAGGAAGACGAGAAGGGUGAGGAAGAUUAG